GAAUUUUCUUUUGGCAACUCUGGACCUCACUGAUCCAAUUGUCUUCUGACAGAAACCAUGGGAAGAUCGGCCAAGAAAAGUACACUAUUUUCCUAUUCAACUUUCUCAGUAACCAAACAAGAAGUCAAUCAAAUCCAAACUUUAACUGAGCGAAGAGUACGAGGUUGCUCUCCAGCCCUUUCGUUCUAAAACCUCAUAAACAGACAUUUAACAUACCUCGAGGACUCCGAAACAUCGUAAGUGUUGACAUGCAUUUCAAACGGUUUUCUAACUUCAUCCCAUGGAAGAUUGCUUGUCAUCAUCUAAGAAGUCUCAAAAGGUGGCUGGAUUUGAAGGUCCAUACCGGCUGCUAUAUUGUUCGAGCAAGGGAGACAAAGCAGGAGUGAUGCGCGAGCUAGAGAAAGGGGUGGAGCCGGAUUUAGCUGACUAUGAUAAGAGAACAGCUCUUCACUUGGCAUCCUGUGAAGGCUGCACUGAGAUUGUUGUUCUGCUUCUUCAGAAAGGUGCUGAUGUGAACUCCACAGAUCGCUGGGGCCGCACUCCACUAUCAGAUGCUCGUAGCUUCAGUCACGAGGCGAUUUGCAAGAUAUUGGAGGCUAAGGGUGGAAUAGAUCCAGUAGGGCUUGAUUCCCAGCUUCCAUGCUAUGAAGUUGAUCACAGAGAGGUGAACAUGGACGAAGCAGCACUUAUUGGAGAGGGUUCAUAUGGUGAGAUUUAUUUAGUGAGGUGGCGCGGUACAGAAGUUGCUGCUAAAACAAUCCGCUCGUCCAUUGCUUCCAAUCCGAUAGUGAAGAAUAUCUUUAUGAAGGAACUCGCUUUGUGGCAAAAGUUGCGCCACCCUAAUAUCGUGCAAUUCCUUGGUGUUUUGAAGCACCCUAGCCGCUUGAUCUUCCUUACCGAGUAUCUUUGCAAUGGAAGUUUGCAUGAUAUAUUGAAGAGAAAAGGAAGACUUGAUCUACAAACUGUAGUUUCUUUUGCUCUAGAUAUCGCCAGAGGCAUGAAUUAUCUUCAUCAGCAUAAACCGCGCCCUAUAAUUCAUCGAGAUUUGACACCAAGAAAUGUUUUACAAGAUGAAGCCGGGCGCCUCAAGGUCACGGAUUUUGGCUUAAGUAAAAUUGCACAGGAAAAUGAUUUAUCCGGCUAUAAAAUGACUGGACGAACAGGUUCAUAUCGUUAUAUGGCACCCGAGGUUUAUCGUCGAGAAUCAUAUGGAACGAGUAUUGAUAUCUUCUCAUUCGCUCUCAUAGUCCAUGAGAUGUUUCUUGGAGGACCACCUAAUCUGGCAGAGGAUCCAGAAAAAAUUGCAGACAAGCGCGCAUACGAGGAUUCUCGACCACCUCUCUACUCUUAUUUGUACCCCGAGCCAAUCAGGACGCUUCUGAAAGAAUGCUGGCACCAGAAUCCAGAUUGCCGGCCGACGUUUGGAGAGAUUAUUGUGAAGCUGGAGGAGAUUCAGGAUCAGUUAAAGAACAAGAGGAAAAUGGGUACGUGUAGCGGUGUUUGUGUCAUUUCCUAAAGAUGGAUCUAUGGAAGUCUUAGGACUCAUUUGGAUAUGAUUUUAAAAUGAUUGAAAGAGCUUCUACUGAAAAUAUUUUUGGAAACAAUCCUUAAUUAAAAUGUUAGUAAAUCCUGGAAAAGCACUUAAAGUGCUUCCUGGAAGGAGCCCAUAACUGGUGCUUCUUGUAGAAAGCACUUAAAGUGCUUUUGAAAUCCAAAAACAUUUUCUUUAAAAACGAUUUCAGUUAUUUUAAAAGCACAUCCAAAAGAGCCCUUAUACAUGUCAAGAAAGCCCAUCCUUCUUUUUUGUGUGUAUGUGUAUGUGUAUGCAAGUGGUAUUUUCUGUAUAAACUUGUUUACAAGAUUAGCAGCUACCAUUUUGAAUGUUUUGGUGAAUAUUGGUUGGAACUUGGAACCAGGUUUUCUGUCUUUCAAAUAGUAUCAAACAUUAUAUAUU